CAAAAAAAAAAAAAGAAAAAGGUGAUUUUCUCCUUUUCAGUUCCAAUGCGUAUACUCCAAUAACUUUCCCCUCCAAUUUUAUUUUGCUUCCCUCCCUAACUUCGCUUCUAAACACACAAUAGAAGAGAUCAAUCUUAGAACACUUGCUAUCUCACGUUUAAAGCUAAAAUGGCCUUAGAAUCAAAAUCGAACCCACUUGAAUUACAACAGCAACAAUAUCAACAAGAACAAGAAACAGCCCACGAUGAUGCACCUCCACCUGCACACCACCCUUGUGCACCGCCUGACGAGUUAUUUGACAUUUCGACUACGGUUGAUCCUAGUUAUAUUAUAUCUUUGAUACGAAAACUAAUUCCAACUGGUACGCAAAAUGAUCAAAAUGCAUCUGGAGUUGAUACCGGUGACGAUGUCUGUGGUAAAAGGUCAAAUGCUGAUUGCAUGGAUGAGUGUGGAAAGGUAGCAUCUCCAUCUAGAGACAGAGUUCCAAAAUCAGUAGAAAAUUGGCCUGAGAAGAUGAAUUCGGUCGAUAAUUUCGAUAAAUCUACUUGUCGAGAUGAAAAAGAUGAGGAUUCAUCUUUUAGAGUAGAACAACAUUGUAAUCUAGCAGGAGAAGAUGAUUGGGAAGAGUAUGGUUGUGUUUUGUGGGAUCUUGCUGCUAGUAGGACUCAUGCUGAACUAAUGGUGGAAAACCUUAUACUUGAAGUGUUUUUGUCUCACCUUAUGGUUUCACAAUCAGUACGAAUUACGGAGAUAUGCUUGGGCAUCAUUGGAAACCUAGCCUGCCAUGAAGUUCCAAUGAAGCAUAUAGUCUCUACACAUGGAUUAAUUGAGAUAAUCGUUGAACAGCUAUCUCUGGAUGACACCCGAUGCCUGUGUGAAGCUUGCAGGUUGCUAACUUUGGGUCUUCAAAGUGACAAGUGUUAUACUUGGGCUGAGGCACUACAGUCUGAACAUAUUCUGAGCCGCAUCAUAUGGGUUGUGGAAAACACCUUGAAUCUGCAGCUUUUAGAAAAGAGUGUAGGGUUAUUAUUAGCUAUUCUUGAGAGUCAACAGGAAGCUUCAGCUGUUCUUCUGACUACUUUAAUGAAGCUCGGUUUGACAAAUCUAUUGGUCAGCCUCUUGGUUUUUGAGAUGAGCACAUUAACAGGUCAAAGAGUACCUGAAAGGUAUUCUGUUCUCGAUGUAAUUCUUCGUACGAUUGAAGCUUUUUCCACUUUAGAUGGCCAUUCUCAAGAAAUUUGCUCUAAUAAGGAACUAUUUCAACUAGUUUGUGACCUGGUCAAACUCCCAGAUAAAGUAGAGGUUGCCAGUUCUUGUGCUACUGCUGCAGUUUUAAUUGCAAAUAUUCUGUCUGAUGUACCUGAUCUUGCUUCAGAGGUAUCAUAUGAUUUGACUUUUCUACAGGGCUUGUUUGACAUAUUUGCUCUUGCCUCGGAUGAUUUUGAAGCACGGAGUGCACUCUGGAGCAUCAUUGCUAAGUUACUGGUUCGAGUAAAGGAAAGUGAGAUGGGCCUAUCAAGUCUGCAUCAGUAUGUAUUGGUUUUAGUAAGCAAAGCUGAACUGAUUGAAGAUAAUCUUCUUGACCAACAAUUGGAUAGUUCCAAUGAAGAAUCCAGGAGCUCGACCAGUUCUCAUGCAAAGUCAAAUGCUAGAAAUACAGCUCUUCAAAGAAUAGUCGGUAUUUUAAAUCAGUGGAUUGCAUUAAGAGACUGUCAAGAGGAGGGUGAUAGGAUGGAUGAACCUAAUGAUAUUGAUUUAAGCGUCUGUAGAUUAAUGGACAGCUGUUCUAAACAUAUCGAUGCCUAAAAUGGGAACCAGAUUUCUUGUGCGCCGCAGAAGGUUUUGUUGUUCAAACGACGCAGUACUUGGUGAGGAAAACACUGCGAAAUGAUCUUCCUCGAGAGUGUCUGCAUGCAAUCCGACUCCCUCAUUGUUGUAUGCAAGUUUUGGUGAUGCCACCGCGCAAAAUGUCAGGUUUCAAAUUUUCAUGCAACAGAAUUGCAGCAGUAGAGCCUCUGUACACGGCAUAUCUUUGAGGAAAUGUCUUAGGGAUCUGGAUCUGAUGGGGAAUAAGGCAAAUCAACUAAUAUGGAAACAUUUUAGAAACCUGAUGCAACUCAAUCAAGCCAAACGUUACAUGAUUAUAUGUGAAAAAGUUUUGCCCUUUCAGAAAUUCUGAAAGUAGCUAGGUUGUACUAUUAUUGAUUUGCCCUGCAGAUGCUAUAAAAAAGAACUAGAGUGGUUUUUAAACUUAUACCCACUGGCUGGGGCAGCUUUUAUAAAGUAAAUAAAGAAAAAAAGAUUUAUUUUA